AUGACUUGGGGUGUCCAGAACACCGAGGCAGAUGCCCACACCCAGCUGAGCUAUGCCAUCAAUGACUCCGGAGUAAACUUCAUUGAUACAGCCGAAAUCUAUCCUGUCCCACCAAGUGCGGAGACACAGGGAAAGACAGAUGAAUACAUCUCCACUUGGCUCAAAAGUCAGGCUCGUGAUAAAGUAAUCCUGGCGACAAAGGUGGCUGGGUAUGGGAAUAAGUAUCUGAGAAAGAACGGAGAGCAGACUCGCAUCACUGCUGAGCAAGUGGAGGAGAGCGUGGAGGGAAGCUUGAGGCGCCUGAAGACAGACUACAUCGACUUGUUGCAGAUCCACUGGCCAGACAGAUAUGUGCCGCUAUUUGGAGCCGCCGCAUACGAUCCAGUGAAUGAGCGAGAGGAUGUGCCAUUUGAGGAGCAGCUCAAAGCCCUUGAGAAGGUUGUCAAGGCUGGCAAGGUGCGAUACAUUGGCGUCUCCAAUGAGACAUCGUACGGGGUCAUGCGCUUUGUGCAGCUGGCAGAGCAGCUAGGACUCCCCAAGAUAGUCAGCAUCCAGAAUUCAUACAGUCUGCUGGUGAGAUCUGGCUUUGAGACGGACUUGGCAGAGGUGUGUGCUCCCACCAAAACCAAUGUCGGCCUCCUGGCCUACAGCCCACUGGCAGGCGGAUCGCUGUCUGGGAAGUACAUCGAUGGCCCGGCAGAGGGCUCCCGGUUCACCCUUUUCCCAGGUUACAUGGAGCGGUACACUAAGAGCCUGGCAAAGCAGGCUGUCGGCGAGUAUGCACAGGUCGCCCAGAAGCAUGGUCUCACUCCCACGCAGCUUGCACUGGCUUGGUGUAAAUCGCGAUGGAAUGUUGCGUCGACAAUCAUAGGAGCUACCAGUCUGGAACAGCUGAAGGAGAACAUUGGAGCAUUUGACAUCGAUCUUUCAGAGGAGGCCUUGAAGGAUAUUGACAGGGUUUACAAGCAGUUCCGCGAUCCAACUACAAAGCCAUUGGAUGACUGA